AUGGAUAUUCGACGAUAUUUUGGUGGUACCGAAGGGAAAAGCGCCCUUACAGAGCUGAGAGGUAGUCAAGGUAGUCCUAUAAAAGCAGAUAAACGAUAUCAGACUACACAAAAGAAGCCAUUGAUAACUGAUAUUAUGCUCUCUGAUGCGUCUGAUGAUGAAAAUCCAUUACCACGUUCGCUACGUAAAGAGAUGCACAAGAAACGGACGAAAAAGAGGAUUAUAUUAUCAUCAGAUGAUGAUGACGACUUAAUACCAUCAGUUUCGCAAAUACGGCAUCCUAAAAGAGGGGAAAAAAUUUCUUUGAAGAAAGUGGAUAAUAAACCAGCGGAGAGUUUGUUGAAGCGCAUAUCACAUACUACUACCGAUGAUGAACUUGAUGAAAAGGAAGACAGCGACGGAUUCGUCCCGGCGCCUCCAACAAAAAAAAAGCGUUGCAGAACACCACCAGGCCAAGCGAAGCUAGAUUUUAGCUUUGCUGCUGUCAAAAAAAAGGAUUCCCCAAAAAAGAAAAAAACGACUCCUGAAUUGGAGGUGAUUAAUCCAGCCGAAUUCUUCCGCAAUUUCGGUAAAACUUCCAAAGAAAGAGAAAAAAGCAUUGAACAAAGUGGGAGCUCUACUAAGAAAACAGAUGUGCCAAAGAAAAAUAUUGAAGUGAUGAUCUCACCGCAAACCUCGCAAAGAAAACUAAAGCAAAAAGUAUCUCCAGAAAGUAAACGUAGAGGAGAAACGAUCGCUUUGAAUGAUGAGAUUUGUGAAUUAUCUCAGCCAUCAAUGCGAUCAGUUAAAAUGAAAAAAUCUCCCAAAACUGCUACGUCUGCUUCUGUUAAAUCAGUAACAAUAAAGAAGAAUGUUACUGUUUUGGAGGAAGAGAAGCGCCAAAUGCAAGGAACGAAAGAAGAAAAGGUACAGCGUGGAACAAGGAAAAAACUCGAAGUAGGUAAUGAAAAUACCGCUAAAACAAAAAAGAACAGUAUUACUAAAGAAAAAAAAGUAUCAGGAAGUCGAAUGACUGAGCAAAAAUCCUCCAAAAUGCCAAAAAUUUCAAAGAUGGAAACAUCGGAAUUUGAUGAUUCAGUGAAAAUUGAAAGUCCUACUGAAGAAGACAAGUGUUUACCAUGGGUUGACAAAUACAAACCGAGCAAUAUAAAACAUUUAGUUGGACAAAAUGGGGAAAAGUCACCAAUGAAUAAAUUGCUGGGUUGGCUGCGAAAUUGGGCAAAGAAUCAUUUAGGUGCUGGUGGUAAACAGAAAAAAGCACGGCCUCCUCCUUGGUUAGCACAAAACGAUGGUACAGCUUUCAAAGCAGUGAUGCUUAGCGGUCCACCUGGUGUUGGUAAAACUACUUGUGCUGUAAUGGCUUGUAAAGAGCUUAAACUGCGAUAUGUGGAAAAAAAUGCGUCAGAUGUGAGAAAUAAAAAAGCAUUAGAAGCACAAACAUCGGAGAUAAUCGGUUGUGAACAAAUAUACGAUUACGUAAAUGGUUCAGUCACACGUAAAAGAAACACAUCCAGCGAGAUAACGCAUGUGCUGAUUAUGGAUGAAGUGGAUGGUAUGAGUGGAAAUGAUGACAGAGCAGGGAUUGCUGAAUUAAUACAAAUGAUCAAGGAAACAUUAAUACCAAUAAUUUGUAUAUGUAAUGAUCGGCAGUCACAAAAGAUGCGUUCAUUGGUGAAUUACUGUUUUGACAUACGCUUCCAGAGACCACGUGUUGAACAGAUCCGGGCAAGAUUGCUUACAAUCGCAUGCCAAGAGCAUUUGAAAGUUGAUAAGGAAGAAAUGGAUGAAAUUAUUGAAGCUGCACAGCAUGAUGUUCGUCAAUCAAUUUACAAUUUACAACUGUUAGGCUCAGGUGGAAAUGGAAAAGAAAUGCAGAGCAAAGAUGCUGCUCUUAAUCCUUUCGAAGCAGCACGUCGUCUUUUGAAUUGUGAAACGCAAGCAUGGGAGAAACAGCAGAUGUUUUUUGUUGAUCCUUCAAUUAUGCCACUUUUUGUACAGGAAAAUUAUCCAUUUGUACAAAACUCCAAGAUGAGUAUUGGUGAACGAUUGCAUGCAUUGAAGAAAGCUGCAAACAGUAUCUCAGAGGGCGAUAUAAUCGAUCGAGUUAUUCGAACAACAGGUGCAUGGACACUGCUUAAUGAACAAGCGUUGUUUUCAUCUGUGGCACCAACUUUUUACAUGAAUGGUUAUAUGAAGGGAAUGAUUAAUUUCCCUUCAUGGUUAGGAAAGAAUUCAACAUUCAAUAAGCGUCAACGAUUGUUGCGUCAACUUGCAACUCACACCUAUCUAAAAACAUUUGCUGCAGUCCUCCCUAUGGUACUUGAUUAUGUUCCUGUUCUACGACAUAACUACUGUCGUCCACUGUUGGAUAAGGAAAACGAUGGUGUAAAUGAUGUUGUCAGCUUAUACAAAGAAUACAAUUUGAUCAAAGAUGAUAUGGAAUCAGUUGCUGAAUUGGCUGUUUGGCCAGGCAUGAAGGAUCCCGGAGUAGCUAUUCCAACUAGAGUAAAAGCAGCUCUUACACGAACGUUGAAUAAAGAACAUAUUAUUUUACCAUAUGCAUUAGAUACUUUAAUAAAAGGACGAAAGAAAUUAGUAGGAGGCUUGAAUUUGGAUAUCGAGAUGGAUGAAGAAGGCAAUUUGGUUGAGCACAUAGAUGAUGAAAAUAAUUUGGAAGAUUCGGACGGAGAAAGCGAUAAUGACGAUGCUUUUGCUGGAGUUAUAAAGAAAAAAACCAAUCCUACUAGUGAAACUAAAAAAACACGUGGCGGAAAAACUAGUGAUGGUGGUAGCCGUGGAGCACGUACUGGUCGUGGAGCUACCAGCAGAGGACGAGGUAAUAAAAAGUGA